CUUUGAACAGGAGGUUCUUGGUGGUCCGGUCCAGGUAGCAGGAAGUCCUGUGAUGGAGCCUGUUCCUGUAGCUUUGGCUGUUCCUUUAGUGCGACCGAUUAUUGGGACAAACACUUACAGACUUCCUCAGGUUCGCCCCCCGCCGCCCCCCAUCAUGCGACCAGCCUUUGUUCCACAUAUCUUACAAAGACCUGGUGGUCCGAGGAUACCAGUGAUGCGCAGUCUUCCAGUUGCACCCCCGUUACCACGGCCUCCCCCUCCUCCCCCCAUGAUGGUCCCUCCGUCCCUGCCGAGCCCAAUUCUUCAGGCGUCCUCUCAGCCCAUGCAGCACAUGGCAGCUUCUCCUCAGGUUGGUGAUAUUGUCCCAAUGGGGUCGUCUACGUCUUCAAGACUGCCGAUCAAGCCGACACCUUCAAUCAUCCAGGCAGCUCCAACUGUGUACUCUGCUCUUCCUGUGACUGUUGCCCAUAAAAAACCUGACUAUCAGGCUCAGAGACAAGCUAGAAUGGAGGAGCUGGCAGCGCGGGUUGCAAAGCAGCAGGCUGCAGUGAUGGCAGCAGGUCUGCUCGACAAGAAGGAGAGCGAGGAGAGCUCUGUCAUUGGUCCAAGCAUGCCCGAGCCCGAGCCCCCCCACAUCGAGCCCGUGGAAAGUUCAAUAGAGGACAAAAAGAAAGGGAAGAAUGAGAAGGUGAAGAAAUGUAUCCGUACUGCAGCAGGGACCACCUGGGAGGAUGCCAGCCUGUUGGAGUGGGAAUCAGGUGGUUCGAGAUAAACGCACUGGAAAAACCAAAGGUUAUGGUUUUGUCAGCUUCAAAGAUCCCAACGACUACGUCAGAGCCAUGAGAGAGAUGAAUGGGAAAUAUGUCGGGAGUCGUCCCAUCAAACUGAGGAAGAGCAUGUGGAGGGACCGCAACAUUGAAGUGGUUCGCAAGAAACAGAAAGAGAAGAAGAAACUUGGCCUCAGAUAGUGUUCGACCCCCAGGAGGUGUGUGUGUGUGUGUGUGUGUGUGUGUGUUAUUUUGACUUUAACCACGUCCUCGUGAUGCUCCGUGUCAGCUCUGAGUUUCCGGGUGCAGCUGGUUUGGUUCUUGUUAUAUCGCUGCACAGGUUUGUAGAGUGGGACCUCUUUGGGCAGCAGGUACCAGGAGACUCUGUGUUUUUAUGGAUCUUCCAUGCUCAAAUAAAAUAAACUUUCAUCUUUAGACUUUUAUUUGAGAUAAACUCCAAGUAGUUCUGAGGCUUGUGACUAAAAUGUAAUUUAUGGUAAUAAACAACUUUUGUUUUUGUGGCUUGUGUUACUUGGACAUAUUUCAGUUGAUUUUGUAUUUCACAAAUAAAAUAAAACACAA